UAAAUCUUCUUAAAUGGGGUUAUUUUCAAAUAAAAAUCCAGAGCCAAAGGAAUUGGAUCUUGACACACUCUGCAAAUCUCACCCUAUUGUUGACACACAUAACGACUUCCCAUACCUUUUGCGAAGCCAGCUUCACAAUGAGAUAUCAAAUAAUCCUACAUUUGACUUCAAUCACACAACCGCUCAUACCGACCUCACAAGGUUGAAAAAAGGUAAGGUGGGUGUUCAGUUCUUCAGCUGUUACAUUGAGUGCAAGAAUCCGGACAAGUUUUACCAGGAUUUCAAUAUUCCCAAUAGUGCGGUGAGGGACACCAUGGAGCAAAUAGAUGUGACAGAAAGACUCUGCAAACAGUACAAUUUGGCGAUGGUGCACAGUUCGGAAGAUGCUUGGAAACGGUUCAAAGAAGGAAAAUUUGUUGUCACCAUGGGGGUUGAAGGUCUUCAUCAGAUUGAUAUGUCAUUGGGUGUGUUGAGACUAUACUUCCAAUUAGGAGUCAGGUACAUCACUUUAACUCAUAAUUGUGAUAACCCGUUUGCAACAGCCGCUUCUUCUGUGGCAGGUGGCUUAGAGGACAAAGGCUUGACAAGUUUCGGGGCUGAGUGUGUUAAAGAAAUGAAUAGAUUAGGAAUGAUGGUGGACUUGGCCCAUGUGAGCUUGAAGACCAUGCAUGAUGCGUUGGAUAUAUCUCGAUCACCAGUAAUGUUCUCCCACUCAUCAGCCUACGCCUUGUGUGAACACGGUAGAAAUGUUCCGGAUGACGUGUUGUUGAAGUUGAAAAAGAAUAAUGGAGUUAUUUGUAUCAACUUUUUCCCUAUUUUCUUAAAGAAAGAAGGAGAAGUGACUAUUGACGAUGCAGUCGACCAUAUGGUGUAUGUAAUCAACCUUAUUGGCUGGGACCAUGUAGGCUUUGGUAGUGAUUUUGACGGGAUUCCCAGUGGUCCUAAAGGGCUUGAAGAUGUUUCCAAGUAUCCUGAUUUUAUUAAGAAAGUGGCUGCAAAAACCAAUGGUAGUAAUGCAGAUCUUGCUAAGAUGAUGGGGGGAAAUGUCAUGAGAGUCUGGAGAGAUAACGAGCUCAUGGCGGCUAAGUUGAAGCAUGAGCCUGCUUGUGAUGAAAACUGGGACAAGCGAGAAUGGGCUUUUCACAAGUUUGUCAAGAUGUUCCCAGAGAUAUUCGCUGGUUCGAUGGAUGCUAAGCAGAAUACUUAUCUGGAAUAUUCAGUAUGAUAGAUUCUGUGUAAGAAAUAUGUAUAAUUAAGAUAUGUUGUAUUAAAACUAAA